CGGACUGUGAUAACAGCCGACAGGGUGCGUCCUUACCCUCGUCUUGAAUGGGAUUACCGUGUCGGAGCCGUUGGGCGAAACAACAGUGGUGUACUCUCUCACGUGGAAAAAAAUGGCGUUGUUCCCUCUGCUCACAUGGCUUUCCCUCUGGUAUAAUAACGGCAACGCCGGUAUCCGCCGGAAUUAAAUUCAACAUCCGCAACAUAAAUCGCGUCCUCUCUUAAUCGAUCAUUCAUUGGUGCAUCCGUUUCUCCAAAAGGACAAUCAGUAUUCCGAGUGCACCGUGGACGUUGCUCAGAAUUUACGAAAGCAAUGGGAGUAAACUGGAGAGAUUGCCCCGAGUCUACGCACGGACGCGUGAUAAAUUGGCUCAUCAGACGAAUGUAGACUGACAUGAUGUAUCUACCGGUCGGCCACGUUCAACAUUGAAUUCCCUCAUGUUGGGAAUAAAACGUGUGUACGUACGCGUGUACACGCGUGUGUGUGCGCAAGAAAACCGAAGUCCAGACUCUUAGGCGCGACGACGUUGCGCCAUGCAACAACUUCCCAUCGUCCUCGCUAAUUCCCACUGCGAGUAAUUCCCGCGAUUUCGCGGACACUGCCACUUCGUGUGUCUCGAAUGCGAGCGCGCGUAUGUGAAAAAGCGCGGUGACUUGCGAACUCGCGAUAAACCGGUCCAAUUCGCGAAAAUACGAUGGCAACGAUAGAAGCUGACAGUCCUGCGGGACUCUCGCCUGCGGAACGCGACGCUGUCUUGGAGAUCCUGAAGGAGUGCGCGGACUCAUUGGCCGUUUACCAAAAUACCCUGCGACAACCGGCGACCGCUGACGCUUUCCUCGAAAUUGGGAUUUCGGAAACGUCAAUUCUGCAGUCACUCGACGGAGACGCCGCUGACGUGGGGAUGACGGAUUCACGGAGGGAAGCUGCGCGUGAAAAGCUCCGGCAAGACAGUUUGUACGUGGGCAAUAUAAUACGGGACUUGAAGCGGGAAAUUAGCGAACGCGGUACUAUCGAGAUAUUAAUCGGAGAGAUCGAGAGGAUCACGUCGCAGGAGGAGCAGGAGCGUCUUUUACUAGAAGAGCACGAGCGGAUGCAGACGGUCGUGAGCGAGUUACGAAAGACAAUCGCCGAUAAGAGAACGUCGAACGAGCAGGCGGAGGAACACUCGACGAAGAAGCUCAUUUUGACGCGGGACGAGAAGGAGAGACUGAAACUAAUUAAGGACGCGGAGAUGAGAUACGUCCGAGCGUGGGAAGAGGCACGUCGCGAGCAGAAUGUGCUGCGUUACGAGUUGGAGAUGGACAAACUGGCCAAGACUCUGAACGAUUGUAACGCGCGCGAGAGGAACGAGAAUCGCGUGAAUAGCGAAUUGAUACGCUAUUUGACGCAGCGUAUUGCGCUGAUCGGGAAUCGAAUCGAGGAGUGGCAACGCAGGUACGAUCGGGAGGAGAAAAUGUACGAGAAGGAGAUCCGCAAAGUGCGCAAUGAGAUGGAAGACACUCGCGCGGACUUGGAGGGGCUUACGACGGAGUACCGCAGUAACCAGGAAUUCAUCGACACAUACCUUGCGGAGCAGGAGGCGCUCACAAGGCAAAAGGAGCACGAGGAUCACGUGCGCCGUAGCGCAAUCAGGAUGCAAGCCUGGUGGAGGGGCGUUAUGGUGCGCCGGAAGUUGGGGCCGUAUCGACCAGAGGAGAGAAAGAAGAAGCGGGCCGUUAAGACGAAGAAAUAAGUCGCUCUUAAAUGUGUAACACCACGUCAACUCUAAUUCUACCUGACCGAGCUAGACGGCUAUUAAUUUAUCAGCGACCCGAUCGAGGUCGUGACCGCUUAAUUGAUC